AUGACCAUGCAGAAACAAGCCAGCCUCUUGGGCCUACCGGGCGAGCUGCGGAACCAGAUCUACGGAUACGUAGCAGCAGACAUCUACCAUGUUCAGAUCCGACCUGGAAUCUCAGUACCUCGCAUCAUUAACUAUGAGGAUCAAAAAAGGCCGUCUAACAAGACAGCUUGGUAUACUCGAGCGGCAGUCAUUCAAUGCGGUCCGUACGAUUCUAUCAUCACAUGUCACACUGAUCAUGGCAUGCUCACUCAAUACAUGAACUCGAGUGUGUUAGACCGACGCAUGUCUGAUAGGCCAAGUUCCCGCUCCAUUCCGAGGCGGCAUCCGCUUUUGCAGACUUGCAGGCAGCUUGGAGAAGAGUUUGGCUCGGUCUUACAAAGCGUCUGCCCUGAACAGCUUGAGGUCGUGGUCGAGAACUUCGAUUUCUCGCAGUUGUUAUAUCAGCUCGAGCAAUAUGACCACGGCAGUAAGGCGCAAGACGAGAUCGAAGAGAGCCCACAAUCCUGUGACAUCGCCAUCCACCUCGCCAAGCCCACCGCCAGCCUCGAAAGGAUCAGACAGAACCUUGGCUUUUUCGCGAUUCAUUUCCAGCAGCCGACCGAUCCCAAUGCCACCAGACUUGACGAGACAAAGCUCUACACAACCGAGGACGAUGACGAUCUCGACAUCUCUCCCAGCAGCGGCAGGACUCUUCACAAGAACGGCAUAACCUACAAGCUCUACCUUCGCACAGAUUACGCUUGGCACAGCAAGGCCGACUACAUCAAGUCCAUCGAGCACUACGCCACCAUCGAGCAUGCUCUUGAGAGCGUCUUCGAUCCGGGGGAGUGUUACCAUCCGGGGAUGGAGUGGAUUCAUGGUCCGAUGGGAGAACAUAUGACGGACUGCCGUGCGUUCUUGGUAGAGUUUGAUGAGGACUAUGAGGACGAUAAUGCUUCGAUGAGGGGCAUGAUUGAGCGGGUUAAGCGGACACUGGACGAAGACAGGGAGAAGGACCUUGCUGCAAUUGUAGAGGGAAUGCCGAUGCUGAGAAUCUAG